AUGUACACGUCUACGGAGACCCGACACGAAGACGAAAACGCCAGUCAGGCGAUGGAAAAGGACGCGGAACCGUUUCCACUGUCGGCGGAACGAACCCCGGCCGGGCAGCAGAUAAUAUGGCGAAAUGUGAUUGGUAUCAUUGUGCUUCAUUUCCUCCCCGUUUACGGUUUCGUGAGCGGUUAUCGAGAUGCCAAGCUGUGGACGUGGAUUUGGACCGUCGCGUACGGUCUCGUGGCUGGUUUGGGAGUAACGGCAGGUGCUCAUCGACUCUGGGCGCACAGGAGUUAUUCCGCCAAGACGCCAUUGCGAAUCUUUCUCGCGUACUUGUACUGCAUGAUGGGGCAGACGCAUUUUUACAAAUGGAUCCGAGACCACAGGACGCACCACAGAUACACGGAAACGAAUGCGGACCCGCAUGACGCUACUCGUGGAUUUUUCUUCUCUCAUAUCGGAUGGCUGAUGGUAAAACGGCACCCAGCUGUGAAGGAGUACGGCAGUAAAAUCGAUAUGAGCGACAUCAGUGCGGAUCCUGUAAUAAAAUUCUUCGACAAGUAUUACGAGGUCAUUAUGGUCUCGCUGUGCUUCGUGCUGCCGAUAUUGUUGCCGGUGUUCGUGUGGGGCGAAACGUUGUUCAUAAGUGUUCACGCGGCGCUCAUUCGCUACGUCUGCUCGUUGCACGCCACUUUUAUCGUGAACAGUUUCGCCCACAUGUGGGGAAAUCGACCGUACAACAGGAGGGGCAAGCCGAGGGAAAACCCGGUCGUGUCUUUCUUCACACUGGGUGAAGGUUGGCAUAAUUACCACCAUUCUUUCCCGUGGGAUUACAAGGCUGCGGAACUGAGCGCGUACGGCCUGAACGGCACCACCGCUUUCAUAGAGCUGAUGGCACGCUUAGGCUUGGCCUACGACUUGAAAACGCCGAAAAAGGAGCUGAUCGAUCGAACUACUGCGAAAGGGGAUGGCACGGACAGUCUAUGUGGUCGUCGGAGACACUGA